GUUUUCUACUGAUAAAAGUAACUCUUGAUGCUUCACUGCAGUGAAGGCAGCGUCAAGUUGGCGCUUCAAAGCGAUUCUAGACACGUCUCCAAGUCAUCCCUCAGCCGCUCUCCUAACAAACGAGAGCCAACUGCUUCUACAGACACUCCUGUCCGGGUGUCGGCUGCCAAAACAUUGAGCGGUUUUGCCAGGUGCCAGCAAUCCCGCAGCCGGAUCACCGCUGGCAGCCUCGGGGAAGAACCCACCUGUGCUUGGUGCUGCGGGAUGCCGGCCUGGCUCUCCUGCCAACCUGGCCCAGCGCCGCUUCGUGCUUUAUCACCUCCAGAUUAAAUAUUUCCCCCUUUAAACUGGGCUGGCGCUCCCCAGCCGGUGCAAGCGCAUGGUGUUAACUCCCACUUCACUGGGACGGGACGUGGAUCUUGGACAUUCCCGUGUUAAGCUGGUGUCUUAUUUUAAGGAUUAAUGCGCUCAGUUAGCGUCACCUCUGUCUCCUGGGUAUCUCUGGAUCCUGCAGUUCUCCUAAAUGAGUGGGAAGGCCUGGUGGCAGCUUUCAGCUCCCUCACAGCUGGUGGUAAGGCGGGGAAGGACAGUGGGAAGGCCAAGGCGAAGGCGGUGUCGCGCUCACAGAGAGCCGGGCUGCAGUUCCCGGUGGGCCGGAUCCACAGACACCUGAAGACUCGCACCACCAGUCAUGGGCGAGUGGGUGCCACCGCUGCCGUCUACAGCGCCGCCAUCCUCGAGUACCUCACUGCUGAGGUGCUGGAGCUGGCGGGGAAUGCUUCGAAGGAUCUCAAAGUCAAGCGGAUCACUCCCCGUCACUUGCAGCUGGCGAUCCGUGGCGAUGAAGAGUUGGAUUCCCUGAUCAAAGCCACCAUUGCCGGUGGAGGUGUUAUCCCCCACAUCCACAAGUCUCUGAUUGGGAAGAAGGGACAACAAAAAACGGCAUAGAGAGGAGGAAAAAAAAAAAAAA